AGCUCAGUUUUAAGAGAUACUUUAAAGAAUAAAGAUCGUUCUCGCGAUCAAUUAAAAAAAAAAUAUUGUACCUAUAUAAAAUACCUACAUACCUAUUAAUUAUCUUACAAAUUAAUUUUAAAAUAAUUAUUAGAAUAGAGAAAAUAACUGAAGAAAGAGAAAAUUAAAAAAAAAAUAAAGUGAUUAAUAUAGAGAGAAAAUAAUGUGAGAGCUUAUAGCUCAAUUUUAUUUUUAUUCAGCAAUUCAAUAUAAUACGUGGUGGUUUGGUCAGCUGUUGGUUUUAAAAGUAUUAAAGAAGUUCAUAAAAUUAUCAAAAGGUGAAAACUUAAAAAAAAAUCAAGAGAAAUAAGAAGGAAAAAAAAACAUAAUAUGGUCGCCUCAAGGAAAUUUAUUGGUGUUUUAUUAUUCCAAUUGCUUAUAUCAUUAAAUAACUAUAGCGGAAUUUUAUGUAGUAGUGACCAGUAUGAGGGUGACGAAUGUGAAUGGAGAGGAAAACGGGGAGUGUGUGUUUCAUUAAAAAAUUGCCAAUCAUUGACCAAAGAACUUUCUGCAAAAACCAUAACUUUUAGUGACUUAGAAAAUUGUGCUUUUAAUGGUAAUGAUUAUGUUGCAUGUUGUACUGAUAUUGAUCCUUCAGCAUUACCGAGAAAAAGCGAUACAUCCUCCACUGGCAGUACAACAAGACCUAACGUUUAUUUCCCCGAUGAUCCAUAUUUGAGUGAAAUAAAAAAGAAAACUAGUACAGAAAGCCCACAAACCAUAAAUAGAAUUUCUAAAAGGCCGACAGAAGUAGCGUGUGAUGGUUUCAAAAAAGAAUUUCCUGGAAAAACACUUGGUCAGAAAAUAAUUGGCGGUAAAGCAGCUGAAAUUGGUGAAUAUCCUCAUAUGGCUGCUCUCGGUUAUGGAACUGGUGAAUUGACGUGGGACUGUGCAGGCUCAUUAAUCUCUGAUAGAUACGUAUUAACUGCUGGACAUUGUGUCAGUAGUCGCACUAAUCAACCAGUAAUGGUACGUAUGGGCAGAAAUAAUAUUAAAGAAGAUGAUCCCGAUGAUCUUGCUCCAACUGAUGUCACAAUUGAGAAUGUUACAUUGCACAGAAGGUAUAGAUCAUCAGAGAGCUACAAUGAUAUUGCUCUAAUUAAAUUAUCGCGACCAGUUACUUUUCAAUCUGGUUUGCAUCCUGCAUGUUUGUAUACAAAAACAGAGGACUUAAAUGAAGCCAUGAAUUUAACAAUCGCUGGAUGGGGUACAACUAAUAUUAGCACACGAGCAAAAAGCGAUUUUUUACAGAAAGCUACCGUUCGAACUGUGCCAUUUGAAAAAUGUUCAACAAUUUCAGCAUUAACGAACGAUAGAAGACUGUUAAGGGGUUUACUUAAUUCUCAAUUAUGUGCAAAUGAUGACACAGCUGAUACUUGUCAAGGUGAUUCUGGUGGACCAUUACUCAUUGCAAAUGAUGAGAGAGUGUCAACUAUAAUUGGUAUUACAAGUUUUGGAAUAUCAUGUGCCACGGAAAUUCCCGGAGUGUAUACUAGAGUAGCCAGCUAUUUAGAUUGGAUAGAAUCAAUAGUGUGGCCAACGCUACAGAAUUCAUACGUGACGUCAUUAAAAUGUUUAAAUUCAAAAAAUUCAAUGCAGUAUUCUUGUUUAGGCGCUCAAUUGCAACAAGUACCAAGAAGUAAUGGAAAUUUAACUGAUAAUGAAUUAUGUUCAUCUAAAGAUGGUAAAAUAGUUGUAUGUUGCACGGAUAACUAUUCCCAAUUAAAGGAAAAGAGUACAACAAUUGGAUCUCAAUACGAAAACUAUCAGAGGAAAAAACGUCGUGUAGUAUUUCCAAUUCUUUCAUGGAAAAUAUCAUUAUUUAAUAUGCUCCUGAAAUCAGUAUCAGAUAAUCUUGAACUUAUACAAAAAGAGCAAAGAAUGAGAGUUAACGAUGAUCGCUUGGAGAAAGCUAGAGACAGACAAUAUUUUAAAACAAUGUACGGCAAUCAAGCAGUGUCAUUAAACACUGGAAGCACAAUGACACGAUCUACUGAAAACCCAAGACUUGCAAACGGAAUGACAAGCCGAAUGUUAAGCAGAACAGAAACCAUAAAAAAAAGACCAGCAGAAAUAGCUUGUGAUAAUUAUGUUAAUUCGUUUCCUAGUCAAGUUAUAAGAAAUUAUAUAGUUGGGCUUCGACAAAAAGCUGAUGUUGCUGAAUUUCCUCACAUGGUUGCACUUGGGUAUGGAGUGGGUUCCUAUGAAUUUCGUUGUGCAGGAACAUUAAUAUCAGAUAGUUAUGUGUUAACUGCUGCUCAUUGUAUCGAGCCAUCUUCUAAACCAGUAAUUGCUCGUAUGGGUAGAAAUAACAUAAAAGAUGAUGAUACAGAUAAUUAUUCACCUACUGAUGUUCGAAUACAGAAUAUUAUCACGCAUAAGUCCUAUAAGAGCGUCGAAUUUUAUAAUGAUAUUGCUCUUCUUAAAUUGGCUCGACCAGUAAAAUUUACUAAUGGUUUACAUCCUGCUUGUUUAUACACAAAAAUUGAUGAUUUAAGUGAAACACAAAAACUAGUAAUAACAGGAUGGGGAGUAACAGAUUUAAAGUAUCAAAAAACGAUUCAUCUCUUACAGAAAGCUAAUGUAAGAACUGUGCCACUUAAUAAAUGUGCUGCAAAACCAGAAUUCAAAAAUGUUUUUGCGAUACCUAGAGGAGUUACAAAUUCCCAAAUAUGCGCGUAUAGUGAAGUGUCUGACACCUGUGAAGGUGAUUCUGGUGGACCAUUACUUAUUGAAGAUGACAAAAAGGUUGCUACUGUGAUUGGUAUUACUAGUUUUGGAAUGUCUUGUGGAACUAAUACACCAGGCCUAUAUACUAGAGUAGCUUACUAUUUAAAUUGGAUAGAGUCAAUAGUGUGCGAGUUGGUUCAGGGCCAUUUGCAAAUUGAAAGAAUUCUUGAUAUUCAUUAUGAAAAAGUAAUCGGUCUUUGCAAAUACUUACAAGCAAAAGAAGGAAGUUCAUGUCAAUGGAAAGGAACUCCGGGAAUAUGUACAUUAGUCGAAAACUGUAUGACAUUACAGAAUUAUUUAAUAACUGGAAAACUGUAUUUAAAAGAUAUUCAACAAUGUAAACAUAAUGGUACUGAAAUGAUAGCAUGUUGUACAGAUACUGAAUCUAUAAGAUUAUAUUUCACAAAAAGAGAUCGCAGGUCUGUUUCUCAAUUAGAUAAUGUUUCUACGCAUCCUGACUUUGCUAGUGAUUCUUUGGACUAUUCUGAAAUGAUGCCUGAAGUUGAAUCGAAAGCGCUCAAAAAACAACGUCCUGCAGUUAGAGCUUGUAAUAGAUUUAAAAAGGAAUAUGCUGAACUACCUAUACCGAUAGAAAAUAGAAUUUUUGCAGGGGUAGAAACUAAAAAGGAUGAAUUACCACAUGUUGUUGCUCUUGGCUAUGGAGAUCCACAACUUGAUUGGGACUGUGCUGGUACUUUAAUAUCUAGAAGGUUUGUGCUUACCAGCGCUAGAUGUGUUCAAAAUGUAGGAAAACCCCCAGUUGUGGUUCGUAUUGGUCAUGUUAAUAUUAGAAACGACAAGUCAUAUGAUGAUGUUAAAAUUCAGAAUAUUAUAAAACAUGAAUAUUUUGUAUCGACUAAGGGUUACAAUGACAUAGCUCUCUUAAAAUUAGCAAAAAGAGUCAAUUUUUCAUCUAGUAUUUUUCCGGCCUGUUUGUACACACAUGCUGAAGAUAUAAGUCCGGAAGUCGAUUUAACAAUAUCAGGUUGGGGUAUAUUAAGUGUAAUUGAACGGGAGCAAAGUGAAAUUUUACAAAAUGCAAUAACUCAUUUCGUUCCAUCAGAAGAAUGCUCAACAAAAGAAUAUAUUAAAAAUGAUUCACGUCUACCAGAUGGUAUUAUUGAAAGUCAAUUGUGCGCUUAUGAUGAAUUUGGUUCCGUGUGCCGCGGUGAUGCUGGCGGUCCAUUAGAAAUUAGAAAUCAAACUUCGAUUUCAACUGUAGUAGGAAUAACAAGUAUAGGAUUAUCAUGUGGAGCAAGAACCCCAAGUGUAUACACACGUGUAUCAAGUUAUUUAGAUUGGAUAGAACCGAAAGUGUGGCCAAAAUUAAAAAAUUAAUUC